UGUGUGUACUGUGUAUUAUACUUACGAAGUCGAAGUUACUAUUUGUAACUUAUUAUAUAUUAGGCUGUUUGAGUUUUAAUUGGAUUUGGAGUGGAGUUGACUCGUAGUUAUUUAUUAUUAGUUUUGAUCGUAAGUUUUGCUGAUGAUAAAUAAUUGUUUGGUUUAUAAUUUGUGAGGCUUAUUUUAUCAGUUUAUUGUGAAUUUAAUAUUAACCUAUUGCUUUUUUCUAGAUAAAAGAAAAAUUAUGUACUGUAUUUAACCUGAAAAAUGUAUUAGAACGUUCUUAAUCGUCCAUAAAACCAAUUAAUAAAUAUUGUAAAACUCUGCUUUUAUGAGUAAAACAAGUAGUGGUUUUACCUUUGUAGUAUGAACUUAUUAGUUUUAUUUUAAUAAAAUAUAUCAGCUGUACAGUUUAGAUAAUUUAAUAUAGGCCCGCUUUAACUGACAGUUGUAAAAGGCCUAACUGAAGAUGUCACAUAGACAGUGGCAAGAUGGAAACUCUCUCAUCAAUAAAAGAAAUGAAGCCUAUCUAAAUUAUCAGAAAAAAGCAGAGCAGAUGACAAAACAGCAGCAAUUAAUAGAGCAAAAGAAACUGGAAAUUCAAAAGCGUAUGGAAGAGAAAAAGAAAAAAGAAACUGAAGAAGCACUGAAAAAGCUUAAUGAUGAUAAACUUAAAUCUGAGGAGGCUUCUAAAUCGAAACGUAGCAGCUAUUACAGCUACUCAAAGAAUAAACAAUGGCCAACAAGGGAGAGGCCAGAAGAAAAUCCACCGUCUGCAACUGGUCCUACAAACAUAUUUAACAACGAUGGCAGUUUUUUCGAGCAGUUUCAGAAAAUAUCAGGCAUAAAGGUGGAAGCAAGAAAAAGAAGCAAAGAAAUUCCAAAAGGCCUUGGUGAUAUUGAAAACGGAGCUGUGAAAAACAAUGAAGAAAAACAAAAUAAUGACGUUCCCAAACCCGAGAAAUCUGAGGAGACCCCUGAAGAUAGACAGACCAAACCGAUAUUGCCCAGUCCAGACAAAGUUGUGGCUCCUGUGAAAAUAGACCAGCCAUCUCAAGUGAUACAGCAGAACCAGAAUAUUCAACAUCACAUGAUUCAACAUCAACAUAUGGUUCAACAUCAUCCGAUGCAGCAACAUCAGAACGUGCAUCAGCAACCUCCCAUGCGACAUCCGAUGUUCCCACCCCAGCCAAUGCCUCCACCCAUGCCCAUGCCAUUCCCUCCACAGUUCAAUCCUAUGCACUGUGGUAUGAUGUUACCUCCUCCGAUGGCACCUUCGUCCAUACCGCCCCCAGCACCAUUAAAUCCCGGCUCGAUACCGUCUCCCUCACCCCUCCAAACUUGUUCGAUCCCUUCCCCUUCACCGCUCCAGCCUUACGCUAUUCCCCCUCCUUCUCCUCUCAUUCCUCAUUCGAUCCCUCCUCCAUCCCCGAUGGUCCCUCAUUCUAUCCCUCCACCGUCCCCUCUCACCCCUCAUUCAAUCCCUCCCCCUCUGCCCUUGAGGCCGCAGAGCAUCCCUCCUCCCUUGCAGCGGCCCCCAAUGUUCCUCAGCAUGGUGCCUCCUCCCCCACCUCCACCACCGGAAGAAGAGAAAACUAAAGUUUUGUCAACUGAGAAAAAUUGUGUGACACCCAAAACUGAUAUUAAGCCAAAAAUGAAUAUUAAAGAUAAUGUAAAAGAUUUGUUUAAGAAUGAUGAUUAUUCAUCGUCGGAAGAUGAGGAGGAUAGAAGAGAAAACAUGUACGGUCCUAAUUUAAAGCGAUCACAUUCAGAUUCGGAUUCAGAACGUGAACGUAAAUCUCCAUAUUCAUAUUCUGAUAAAGAUUCGGAUGUAGAAUCGGAUCCUAAGAUGGAUUCGGUCUCAGAACUGGAGUCAGAUCUAGGACAAGAAUCUGAACCUGUGUCGACAGCAGAGACAGAAACUAGCUCGAGGUUUCAACCUUACACGUCGGUGGUCAUUGAAGACACGCAGACCCAGUUCCCAUCGGAUACCAAGGAUUCUUCCAAUACUGGAGAAACAGCUCCCCCAGAUCUGUCCAGCGAAAGUGACUCAAUCCCUGGACUCCAGAAGGGGACUGGACUCACUCCAGCCAUCGGUGAUUUAGACCAUUGUUGUUUUAGGCAAGGAGAAGUGAAGAAAGAAAUUGAAGAUAGUUUCUACGAGAGAUUUGAAAUGAAAAAUGGAUCCCACAUUAAAGAGGAGGAAACGGAUGACAAGAGUGCAGAUAUAGUCCUAAAAGACGAAGCCAAGCCUCUUUUGGAAGAAGAAAUUAAAAAAGAAUUCAUUGUGAAGCAAGAUAUUUUUGCUGAAACGCCAGAGACAGGCUUCAAGACCGAUGAGCCCGUACCGAAGAAGAAGCGAAGGAGCAGGUGGGCCGCAAAUGAUGAGAAAGUGGAUAUGCCGCCCACGAUGCCUCUAGUGCCACCACCUCCACCACCCGGUUUACCUCCCGGUAUAAGACCACCUGGCGUCGGUCCGGUCGGUAUGGUGGUGCCGUCAGCUUUGGGCGUGGUCAACACUAUUGUACCACCCAUGAACCCUACAGUGCCAUCCGUGAAUGUCCCUGGAAUGUCUGGGUCUAUGAUUAGUAAAGUUACGCGUACAGAUCCUGCAUUUGUCUCUUACGCAAUGAAGUCGUUUGGACGAGCCAAUCUGACGGAGGCGGAGUGGAAGAAAGCGGAAGAUCAUUAUAAGAUAAACCUGCUGUACCAGGACAUGAUGCGCAAGAAGGAGGAGUUGCAGCGGUUACAGGCAGCUGGGCGCAACAAGUACGAGUACGACUCUGACGAGGAGACAGAGGGCGGUACUUGGGAGCACAAGUUACGCAGCGCAGAGAUGGAAGCUACGCAGUUGUGGGCUGACGAGCUCACCGAGCAAGCCAAGGGGAAGCAUCACAUCGGCGACUUUCUGCCCCCUGACGAACUCGCCAGGUUUAUGGAGAAGUACGAAGCGUUGAAAGAAGGGCGUGAGCCAGACCUCUCGGACUACAAGGAGUUCAAACUGAAGGAGGACAACAUCGGCUUCCAGAUGCUGCAGAAGCUGGGCUGGACCGAGGGCCAGGGUCUGGGGCCGGACGGCAGCGGCAUCAUGGAUCCUGUCAACAAAGCCACGAUGCGUCCUGAGAACCAAGGCUUGGGCAUCGAGAGACCAGAAGAUGUGGAGGCAGACGAUGAUGAGUACGACGCCUACCGCAAACGUAUGAUGUUAGCCUACCGCUUCAGACCCAAUCCCAUGAAUAACCCGAGGAGGCCCUACUAUUGAGAGAGUUAUAUUCAUUAUCUAUCACAAUCCUGCAAGUGCUAUAAUUGUUUGUAAAUACAUUUUAGUUAAUUGUU